GGACACUGUCAAUUUUAGACAACACUAGACGCAUACUGCACCAAGGACACGGGAAACCCUCCUCCCCCUCCGUGAAGGAGCGGUCAGCUCUUUAUCUGUCUGAGACAGCUGCUCACACAGGCAGCCUCCAAAAGUCUAAUACCACAAAGGAGAGCGCUACUCAUCCUCUUGACAACCAGAAAGCAAGCAAGAUGGCAGAGCUUCAGAACCAGACUAAAGUGAAUGGCAAGAAAAUGGAAGAGGACUUACCGCCCCCUCCCCUGCAGGACUCAUUCCAGGCCUCUACUUCCCUGGCUGGGAGCCAGGAUUCAAACCCACUGCCUCCCCCUAAGGAAUCCUUCUCAAAGUUCUACCAGCAGCGCCAGGUGAAUGAGCUAAAGAGGCUCUACAGGCACAUGCAUCCUGAGCUGAGGAAGAACCUGGAGGAAGCUGUGACUGAGGAUCUAGCAGAAAUGCUCAACACAGAAGAUCCCAGUGCCCAGGCCUCCGUGAAUCUGGAUGCAGUGCUCCCGGGGGAGGUUCAGUCCAUGCGCUGGAUCUUCGAAAACUGGACGCUAGACUCUAUCGGGGAGCAUCAAGCCACCAAGAAGUUGGCAGAGGAGGAAACCAUCCCAAGCGGGGAUGUGAAAAGCACCUCCAGGAGGUUCGAAAGCCAGUCGUUAAAUGGAGACAGGCUGUCUGCGUUGACUAAAGUGCCCACGACAGUCCACACCAAAGGAGACGUGCGUACAGCCCGGUGGCUGUUUGAAACCCAGCCGCUGGACUCAUUAAACAAAAUGUACUCAGAUGAAACAGAUGUGCAGGAGGCAGUUCUCAAGGAGCCUGUUCAAAAAGGGGACGUGAAAGGUGCCAAGCAACUCUUUGAAACCUACUCCCUGGAAGCACUGGGCCACUACAGCUCAGUGGAGGAGCAGAGUAUCCUGCAGCUCAAAUCAGAAAUCCAGGAGCUAAAGGGCGAUGUCAAGAAAACCAUCAAGCUGUUCCAGACCGAGCCACUCUGUGCCAUCAGAGACAAAACCGGCAACAUCCACGAGAUUAAAUCCGUCUGCAGAGAAGAAAUACAGAGCAAUGUGGUCAGGACAGCUCGCUGGCUGUUUGAGACUCAGCCACUGGAUACCAUCAACAAGGACACCUCCAAAGUGAAAAUUAUCCGGGGCAUUUCUUUAGAAGAGGCAGGAAGGAGGGAUGUCAGUGGAGCAAGGUGGAUAUUUGAAACUCAGCCACUUGAUGCAAUCAAAGAAUUGACAGUGGACGAAAAUGAUUUCAAGGCUUCCAUGGAUUUCGUUGAAGGGGCAGAUGUCAGUAAGCAGCGUGUACUUUUUGAGACCCAGCCUCUUGACUCUCUGAAAGGAGAAGUCUCAGACAGCGGCCCAGCCAAGGAAGAAGUCAUCGGUGGUGACGUGAAAUCUACACUCUGGCUGUUUGAAACCCAACCAAUGGAAACCCUGAAAGAUAAUUUUGAAGUGGGCCAUUUAAAGAGAGUGGGGCUUUUGGAAGAGGAGAGGGGGCAUGUGAAGCAAAGAAAGCAUGUCUUUGAGACCUGUCCCCUUGGCAGUAUCUCCAAGGCAUCCUCUGAAGACCCCCCGUCAGCCUCUAACAUACAAGAAGUGAUGAAGGCAGAUGUAAAAUCUUUCAAGAACCUGUUUGAGACUCUCCCAUUAGACAGCAUUAAGCAGUCUGAUGCUGAGUCUAUCACCAAACAAGAAGAGGAGAUACCAGCUGGGAAUGUCAAAGCCAACCAGUUCCUGUUUGAGACAACACCUUUGUACGCCAUCAAAGACAGCUUUGGAAACUUCCACAAGGUCACCUCUGUAAGCAGAGAGCAGGUCAUGAGUGGCGAUGUCAAGAACUACAAAUGGAUGUUUGAAACCAAACCUUUGGACCAGUUUGAUGACAGCACCGAGAAGGUGGAUAUAAUCAGAGGGAUCACAAAGCAGGAAGUGAUAGCUGGCGAUGUCAGAACAGCGAAAUGGCUCUUUGAAACCCAGCCCAUUGAUGUCAUCCAUCACCAAGCCAACCAAACAGAAGAGCACUCCUCGGUGAAAAGAGAGGUUACGCAGCGGGGUGAUGUGAAGACCUGCAAGUGGCUGUUUGAGACACAACCCGUUGACACUCUGUAUGAGAAAGUGGAGAAAAAGCAGGAAGGGGAAAGCUCUGUACCACAGGCUGACGUUAAGUCGCACACGUGGAUGUUUGAGACCCAGCCCCUGGACUCCCUGAAAGGCCAGGAGGAGCAGUAUUUGCAGGUCAGCAAAGUGUACUGCCAAGAUGACUUACAAGGAGUCGACGUCAAAACUGUCAGACAUCUGUUUGAGACUGAACCACUGGUCACCAAUGCCUCCAGUGAGACUGACUCAAAGAAAAUGGUCAGGUACUCCAGCCACGUGGAGAUACAGUCCGGGGAAGUGUCUCGGGUGAAGGAGUUCUUUGAAACCAAGCCCUUGGAUGUACCGAGUAAAUUGGCUGCAGCCAUGAAGGAGAAUGGAGUCCCUGCAGAUGGGAACAUUGAAGCUGGAUCAGUGCACAAGUUCACCUGGCUCUUUGAGAACUUCCCCAUGGAUACUAUAAAGAACAACACUGAGGGCAUCCAAGAAAUCCCCCCCGAGAAGGAUAUUGAGGGCGGGGACAUCAGAGGCAAGAGGUUCAUUUUUGAGACCUACUCCCUAGACCAGAUUCAUGACAAGGUAGAUGAGACGGAGAUCAAGAGGAUUCAGGAGGAGACAAUGAGCAAAGCCAGCAUCAAAUCCUGCACCAUGCUCUUUGAGAGCCUGCCCCUAUAUGCCAUCCAGGACAAGGAGGGGGAAUACCAUGAGGUCACCUCAGUGAAGAAGGAAGAAAUAAUGAAAGGUGACUUGAAAGGUGCCCGGUGGCUCUUCAAAACCAAACCUCUGGAUCAAAUCAAGAAGGAGGAGGAAGUGUUCAUCAUCAGGGCUGUCACCCAAGAGGACAUCAAGAAAGGGGAUGUCCAGUCUGCCCGAUGGAGGUUUGAGACAGAGCCUCUUGAUUCCUUCUCUCGGGGGAAGAGGUCUGUGGCCAGGACAGUGGAUGAUGUACAGAAAGGAGAUGUCCAGUCCAACAAGCAGCUUUUCGAGUCUCAGCAGGUGAGCCAGAAGAAAUAUGUGAGGAUGGUCAGUGUCAGCGACGUCCAGCAGGGCGACGUGAGGACAUCCACCUGGCUUUUUGAGAACCAGCCCAUCGAUUCCCUGAAGGGAGAGUCUGAAGGAAGCUCCAGCAUGACCACUGUGCAGAGAGAAGACAGCCAGAAAGGGGAUGUGAAGCGCUGCACCUGGCUGUUUGAAACUCAGCCCAUGGACAGUCUCAAAGACCCCGAGAGGUCUGCCAGCACCAAUGUCCCAGAGGUGGUCCCUUGUGCUGAUGUGAAGAGCACAACAUGGCUGUUUGAAACCACUCCUCUGGAUAAACUCAGCUCUUCUAAACACAGAACUGAAACUGAGGUGAAAGAGAGGACAGUGAGGGAGACUUUGGAAGGCCUCUGUGCCUGCCAAGCCAUCCAGCAUGACGGGAUCCUCAUUGAAGCCAAUGACGUAGGGAGCGUGAGGAUGGUGAAGUACCAGUUCAGCAGGCAAAGUACUCCAGAGAUCCAAAAGGAAGAGAUUGUGGGAGGCAAUUUGCAAAGGAUCAUGCUGCAACUACUGCACAGGACCAAUGUGGAGCCCCAGGGGAUGCUGGUGGAGGAGGACGAGGAGGGCAAGAUCAAGGUCAGCCCGCUGCAGCUACUGGACCCAAGCGAAGCCGAUAGAAGCAAAAAGGAGUUGAGGGAUGAUGUUGCUAAGGCUCUCCAAAGUCUCCUUAGCCAAGAUGCCUCCAUCAAAAAGGGAAUGGUCAUGCAAGAAACAGGGGUGGGGUCAGUGAAGAUGACUAUCUACUCCCUCCUUCACCACUCUGUCCAGCAGGAAGUUGUCAAGGGGGAUGUGAAGUCAACUAUAGGGAACCUGCUGGCUUCCUCACAAGAGCAGAGGAUGAUGACAACCGUCAAACGGGAGGACAACGAGAAGGGGAAUGUCCAGUUGUACACCAGCUGCAUUGAGAAGGGAGACCUGGACUAUCUAAAGAAUCUGCAGCGGGAGUCCGAGAUAGAGUCCCUCAUCUCCUCGCAAGCAGAACAGCAGCCAGCUGAAGUCAUCCAGCAGGAUGUGCAAGGGGCUAAUAUGCAUGCCUUGCAACAGGAAGAGCCAGCAGAAAAAGUGACUGCAGAUGUGGGACAAGGGGGUAUUAAGGGGGCUAAAAGAGUGCUCAUGUGUGAAGCUGUUAGCAAAGAGAACAAGUUAGAAAGAGAGGCGGUGCAUGCAGGUAGACAAACCCUGAGCCUGCCCACAGGGAUGGGAAAGGAAGAUAUUGUGUGUGGGGAUAUUCAGGCGACCCCACAGUCACUGCAAAAGGCUAAGAAUGGCAGCAGGAAGGCAGAGAGAGAGGAGAGAGUCUCGAGAGAUGUGAAGGAAGUAAAGAUUGUACCACAGGGAGCAGCCUCCACCAAAGUGGCAGCUCAGAAAGAUGACAUGGCCAGAAGCCAGUGUUCAGUGGCAGGGGAAACCAGCCAAACGACAAAAAAACUGGAGGAGCAGGCCCUUGGAAGUGAUCUUCAAGCCGCAAUGCAGAGUCUGAGGCUGGCCACAGCUGAGGCGAAAAGCAUUCAGCACCAAGUCCAGAGCAAGCACCACAAGAGCACGGAGGAAAUCCAUCUAGCCUCUAAGCAGCAGGCAUCCAGCAUUUCGGGGCCAGUGAGCCUGCAAUCAACUGUUCGCCAACAGGAAUGUGCACCUGGCAAGCAGCAUCAAGCCAGCACCACCGUUAGAGGCCAGGAGUCAUCCAAGUUCCACGCAAGUGUACCUCAGAAGAGCAUGUCGUCUCACAAAAAGGUCAGUACUUCCGAGGAAGUACAGGGAGUGCAGCAUUUGUGCCAGAAAAGCCAAGUUGUACCUAGUGCAGAUAUUAGCGUUAAGGAUGGUCUGUAUACUGCCAAGCCAGUGAAACCCUAUGUAAACCCUUUUACUGAGUCUGAGUACAAAGAGCAAUCAGUGCAAGAAGAAAGAGAGCAAGAUGUUAUGCUCAGAGGGGAUGUAAAGACAGCUAUCAGGGCACUGCAAAGUGCUGCAGCAGAACAGAGACAAGUAGAGAAGGAGGAUGUUGUUCGAGGUAACUUAAAGGCCACUCUUCAGUCGCUGGAGAAGUCUAACGUUAAUGUCUCCAAAGGGGAUUUUAAAGCCGCUAUGAUAUACAGAAAUGCAGGGCAGUCAUAUUCCAUAUGUAAAAAGGAAAAUGAGACUCAAUCAAUUAGUAGCCAGACAGCUGUAGUGGCUUCAGGGUCCCAGUCUGAUAAUGACUUUCCUCCUCCUCCCCCAGUUGCUGUGAUGAAAACUAAGUGUUGUCCACCCAUGACACAAGCAAGAGAAGCUGCUCCUUCUCAACCAAGCAAAAAAGAUGAAGCCCUGGGAUGUUCUGCACCCAAGCACAAUGCUCUCCCUAAGACCCUCAAUCCCACCUCCACCAAAGCCAAUGGUCAGAGGUCUUCAGAGAAACCAGCAAUUCUCCUCAAACCGGAAAUUACUGCCCCACCAAGGAGAAAACCCAUUCCACCUCCAAAACCUGAGCGCUUCCUGCAAGAGACACCUUCACACCCUGCUAGCAACAGUAAAGGGAGGUUGACAAAACUAGUCCCACCCUCACUGCCUCCUAAACCUCCAGGCCUGAGCGAGCUAAGCAGAGCAAAAACCCCACCCAUGAAUCAGGCAAAGGACUCGUGUUGUGCUGAUGCCUCAGCACAGGCGGGAUGUGGGGACUGUCACUCAAAGUGCUGUACCCCUCAAUCACCAGUGGCAAAUGCUGUUACAGUAAAGAACUCUGAGAAGAAAGCACCAAAAGACAUCAUCAAAACACCUCUUCAGAUAGCAGAGGAAAGGUACAAGGCAAUCAAGGAAGAACAGGGCAGGCAAGAGUCAGUAGACUUUAAGCCAUCAAAGCCACUUAAAAAUAGAGUGAUUGGCUCUGAAACAGAACAAGUGAUGACCAAAGAGAAGGCAGCAGCUCCAAGGAACUACUGUCCAGCUGAGGAAAUUCAGGGACCCAGACUUUCAUCUGGCCAAGAGAACAGCUGCACAUUAACGUCAAAACAAGAAUGGCUGGAUGGAUAUCAGACAGGUCUUACUAACCCUGAGAGUGAGAAUACGCCAAGUACCUCUCCUAAGAAUCAAGCUACCCUUCUGAGAAAACGAUCUGCCCCAGCACUAAAUACCUCACCUAAGACAGAAAGUGCAAGCAUGUCUAGUACCAAUGGGCCAUGGGAUAAUCAGAGCACCACCCAGAAAACAAAUCAGAGAACACAAGAAGAGCCUUCAGCAUCUUCCCAUCAGCAUUCCAGGGACCUUUUUAAGGAGCAGCAGCAGGUGAACAGCAGACAAGGGGGACAUCUUGAAAUGAAGAGGGAGCAGCUUGCACAGAAGCCAGUGGUGGUCAUGCGAGAAAAGGCCUGCAGAGAAACGGACGAUGAACGUCGCAAGAGACUGUCUUUCCACAAGGAGGAGAUCAUGAAGGGCAGUGUCAAGGAGGCUAUGGAGAUCUUUGAGAACCUGCGGAAGCAGGAGGAGCUGCAAGAGAUCCUGACCCGGGUGAAAGAGUUUGAGGAGGAGACAUUUAAGGUGGAUGUGAAAGCCCUAAAGAGCUUCUUUGAGAAUGUCCCAGAAUGGGUGGUGCAUCAGAAGCCUCACCAAGUGACGCAGCAGCACAAGGUCGAAAAGGCCGAGCAAACAGCGAAGGAAGACUCUGACAGCGUCUCCUCUGUGGAGCUGGCUUUUGAAGACCUGGAGAGGGCAAGUGCUGAGAUCAUCCACCUGAAGGAGCAGACACUAGCUAGGUUGCUGGACAUUGAGGAGGCCAUUAGGAAAGCUCUCUAUUCCGUUUCUAAUCUAAAGUCAGAAUCAGACAUAGCUGGGCUCUCUGGGCUCUUUAAGGAAUCGCUGGGGAAUGCCCAGAGCCCCACAACCAGCAACAAUAUCCGCAAGAUCAGCAUCGUGUCCAGCAAAGCCAAGAAAGAAAAAGCAGCACAAGGGACGCUGAAUGCAGCAUCUGUGGGAAGUCCAAAUGGGUCAGAAAAGACGGAUAUGCCCAAAGGAGAGUUAGAGGUCCCCUGCAUCAUUCAGCAGCGCGUAAAUUCUCCAUCAUCUCCUUCCUAUAUCUCCAUUGAGUCUGCUGCCAGAAAGCCUGCAGAGUCACCCAGGAUGGCAUAUUCCCCUUGGGAUACCCCCUUACCAGAUUAUCCCAACAUGCCAGGAAAAAGGGACACAUUCACUCAGGACAUCUUUAACUCAUUAACUCACAAAUCAGUGGGGUCCGGUGGAUGCAGUCCAGCUCUCUUGGAAAAUGAACAUGAGCCCAUCCAGAUGAAGAUAGGAUCACACUCAAUUAGGCAACACCAUGUCAGCAAUGAGCCUCAUCUCGGUGGCAGCAGUGACAAGGAGAUGUGUGCACCGGACUCAUCCAAAGGCAGCUGCCAUGGUGUAAUCAAAGGAGGCUUUUCUGACUACAAAGCUCCCCUGAACAUCUCUAGUCCACAGAAUCCAAGGAGGCAGAAAAGCAUAUUAGAAGUACAGACAGGUCCAGAUGGAUCCAAGCUUUACGGAGCCACCAGAACUGUGACUGAGCAGUACGAGGAGGUGGAUGAGUUCGGAAACAAGAUCAUCACUUCAUCCACCACUGUCACCAAGCAAGCAGAGACCCAAACCUCCUCUACGUGCAAUGUGGUCUCUCCUCCCCGGUAUGAGAUAACCGCCUCGCCCCUCCUUCGGAGGUACCUAAACAGCCCAGGUGAAGAUUUCCACUCCAAUGGCAGCUUCCAGGAAACAGGGGUGGUCUUUGUCACUUUUGGCAACUCCAAGCCAAAAAAAUAGAAGACUUUGAAUGUGGGAGAUGAUAACCAGGUAAAGAAACAAAGAAUUCACUGAUUUAAUAACCAUGUGACAUACAGGAACUCCACCAAGCCUUGUGAUUCUUUUAGGAUAUUCUCCUAGUGUUUGGCGUACAAAUACAAUUCAGGGCCAGCACUUGUGGUAAACAACAUCCUUCGCCUCACUAACCCGACAGACUUGGAGUUACACCACAUCUGAAGAUCUGAGUCUUCGAUAGCAGCACAAGCAAGAAAAUAAACAAAUGGGUGUUUCAGGGUGGUUUCUUCAUCUCUGAAUAGUGUUUGCAGGUGUGUCCAGGACAUCUCUGAACACAGGCAGGAAAAAAGGACAACCCAAAAGAACUAGCCUGUCUGGAUAUUUUGGAAACAGACUCAUUUAUCCUACCUUGUCCAUCUCUUUCCGAUAUCAGUGCAGACCUCUCAACAAGCAUAUGUCAUCUCUCUCUCUCUCUCUCACACACACACACUAUGUGUUGGAAUAGUUUUUGCUCAGCUAUUAAAAGAAAGAACAUCUUCAAAUUGCUUUCGCGGGGGUAGAAGGAGAGAUACUUAGCAGAAACCAGUACAAUAGCAAGUAUCCAGUACUACCUAGAACUGUAUAAAUCAGGAUUUCCAGAAUGUUUGUCAGUGUCAUUCCCCCUAAGGUGGACAUGAAGAAAGAUACUCUAGUUAAGACUGUAUCAAGUUCAGCUAAAGAAAUAGAUGGUUAUUGCUUCCCUUUCUUUCUUUUUUAGACCUGUAAUUUAUUAUUCAUUAUAUACAAAAUAUUUUAUUUUAGUGUC